ACCAUUUUCUCCAUAUCGACAUUUAAUUGCCAACGCAACGCACGCACCAAAACAAGCCCAAAGACAUAUUCUUAACUAAGAACAUUGGGUUCUGUCCCUCAUCAUUUCUCGGUUUAUUAAAUUCGUCGACCAAAUACAAACCACAAUUUCAAGAAUCUACGUCGACCAAUCUUGCCAAAGCACGCCGGUGGACGAGGUCCAUCCCUCAAAACUCAACGUAAACAGCAAACAGAAUAACAAUAAAGAGAUAAAUCAGGCGGAGGUCGCUUCUGAUCAACACAAGAAGUCGGCUGUCAUUGGCAGGCAAAGGAAUGGGACGAAGAUGACAUCUAGUCAUAACGAAGAGUCGGAAGUCCGGCCUAGCGUAGAAACCAACCACGCGGAGAUGGAUGGUGAAUAUUCAGGCAGGGCCGAAGCAUCUGAAAGAGCUAAAUUUGAAAGCGAAGAUAGACAUGAAGACAUUGAGGACAGCUCGGUAUUGAGUGACGGGACAGAUGACACUCACGACCCAGCCCAGGCAGAUGAUUCAUACCUUGGGGACCCCGAAUAUGCCGAUUCUCAUGUUCGCGCUGACGACGCUGGUGAUGCUAGUUCCCACCACGAGGCUACUGAUGAAGACGUAUUUAGCGAUAAGAGCCCACGAAGUUCUUUAGGGUCGUACGAUGCCGUUUCCGAGUCCGAUAAGGCAUAUAAGGACUUUGAUAACAGGACUACCACUACUCGGUCGCCUCGAAUCUCGGACUUUUCGCAAUAUGACCGGGAAUAUGAGAAGGGAGGUUUCAUUCCAACUGUAAGAGGAACACCGCGUCCGCCAUUUCGAACCUCUUCUGACGUACGGGCGACGCAGAUGUCCUCACCGUCCUCUUCGGUCCUCGGCUCCCCUCGGUCAGCAAAAAAGCAAUUCCCUACCGUUUCUCGUUUAGGGACCCCCACCGCUUCUGCACAAUAUUCUCCAAAGAGGAUGUCUACUCCGCCACGUUUUAAGGGACGCAAAGAGGCACCUCUCGUCCUACUCCACGUCACAUUAUUGCCGCUAAGGUGGGCAUGGGGCAACCUGCUUAACAAUCUCGAUACGAAUGAUGUUAGCGAGCAGCUAAAAACUCUCCAAGAAUCCUGGAGGCUUCUACAAGACCGAAUUGGUGAUACUGUUAUCGAGAGAGGUAUAUUGUUGGGCCAUCCUCAGAAUGACUAUGAGGUUCUUGAGGAGCGCCUACUUGAAGCGUUGGAGCUACCCUUCCGCCGACGGGCUCGGAUCUUGGAAUGCGGGCAUUACCUUGGCCCUGCUAACGAAUCAAGUCUGACUGAAGACGAAGAGAGCGAAGAUGAGUGGAGUUCCCAACGAUCUCGCGCUGGAGAUAAACGUCACUGGUGUGACACUUGCAAGAGCGAGAUUCGCGGCGACUCUCUCGGUUCGGGCAAGAUCUUCCGAGUCAAGGUUUAUGCUAGCAACGGGCUGAUGAGAGCAGGCGCCUGGGAAGCUUGCUGGAAAGAGAUGGAGCGUGUGGAUGUUGAGUUGGAACCUAUCGUAGAGCCCAUUUUACAAGAAGAGCUAGUCCGUCUCGCUGCUGCUCGACAAGACGCUGGAAUUCAAAAAGAUGGUGCGCACCAUCUCGGAGAUCAGAACCGGAGGGAACAAGAGGGUGCAAACUUUCGAUUCAGAGCCUCCUCGCCUCAGCCAGAGCUUUCGCGUGUUGGCACACCGGUUUCUACUGAGGAGCGUCGUCGGCAAGAUGAAGAACGGCUACGCGAAAUCUACGGACACUCGCCGCCGCAACAAUCUCGGGAGCCGUCAGUUCAUCCAGACCAGGGAUCGCAUAUCCCACAACCAUCCUCCUCUCCGCCCUCGCAACCCGAUAGGACCUACAAGUCGGGAAACCCUCACCAGGCUACCUACCAGAAUGCUUCGUUGCCCGAGCUUCUGCUCCAGUCUGUGAGGGUAUUGAUUGAAGAUCGCAGGAAUGUCGCCAUUUUUACCCUCAGUCUUUUUGUACUUAUUCUCGCUUUCCGCAACGCUCCCACCCCGGCCGAGCCCGUCUACGAGCCCGUGAUUCACCGAAUGAGAGACGCCCCGAUCGUGCGUCGUGCCCAGGGGAUCAACACGCCACAGCUCCCCACCGUUCAAAUAAAAUAUUCCUCCACCGACUCCCUCGCGACGUCGUCGAUUUGUGUUGAACCUUCCAUGACAUCUCAACAGCAGGCAUCAUUGGCCGAUACUGUAGUAGUUACGCCUGAUCAAGAGUGGUCUGAAGCAAUGCAGCGCCAAGAUGCGCCGGUUUCUAGACCCAUGGAGGCAGCAUCGGUAGAAGACGAGCAAAAUAAAUCCGAAGUAGAGUCUAUCUUGUCUCAAGAGCCUACAAGUAUGACAUCUGGUCACUAUACGGCGGCGGCACAGCCGGAGCCUACAGCGGUUGAGCCGGACUAUGAAGGAAACCUAGAAACCACUUCCCUAGAAGAUCUGCAUGCUAGCGAAUCCACCCUGGCUGUGGGUUACGAAAAGCCCGUGGCCGAAGAGCCUGAGCAAGAGACAAUUCAAGUCGAAACAGAAACCGAUGCAGCCCCAAUACCUUAUGGCCAAGCUGUAAAAGUUGCAACCGAGUCCACGACAUCCCAAGUAAGAAUCGCUGCGGCUACGAGCGUGUCCACUGUUUAUGAACCAUGCAACAUAUUUGGGGGCGCCUACAACCAAUUUGUGUACAUGGCACUUCAGUCAGAACAAACCGAAACUGUGACGGAGAGGAAAGUAAUUCGAGUCUUGCAUACAGUUACUGAGACGGAAGUAGAGACGGCGACCGAAACCGUCAAAAUACCCGCCACCGAUGUUUCACCAGAGGCUACACCAUCCGUUGCAGCAGAUGAUAUUCCUCUCGAAGAAUCAAUCCCGACCACGUUACCGGAGUUGGAGGAGGAGGCAACAGGGGUCGAGGAGUCGACGGUGGCCGAAGCUGCCGCUGAAGAUAUCGUUUCAUGAUAAAGUAGAUAUUGAGGAUGUGGGAUAUGAGCAAGCGACUUUUAUAUGCAAUGAGUACAUACCAUACUGGCAGAUAGUGGGUUUGUGGAAUCAUUCCAAAACCCCCCCUAAAAGCCUCCACCUAUAAUAAUCGUUGGAAAUAAUCAAAAGCAUUCCACAUAUAAAAUCAUUUUACAUGUGGAAUCAUUUUAUAUGUGAGGGUAUUUUGUAAAAGAAUAAAAAUUUACUAGCUGUUGUCACAAGGUUGAGGCUUGGUUUGAAGGUAACAGAGUUGAUAUCGUGAUUCAAGUUGGAAAUACGAAGCUAUCUAUAUAGAAAAUCGUCAGUAUAGGCGUAGUGGUGCGUAGCUACGCAAGACUACGCUCCUGAGGGUGCCACGUGACAGGGAGGUCCUUCCCACUUCUCAAGGUGGCCCAUGCGCAGGGCGCAUGGCCUAAUCUUGGGCCGCGGGCCCCAAGAUUCGUAACA